AUGCUCAAUGCUGAAUGGCCGUGUUUGCAAUCGGAGAAGCCAGGGCAGGGGACCGCGGAGAUCAGCUGCCCCGAAGCUGCCGCCUGGCACGCUCCCCGCUCUGUCCCGGCAAUGCUGCCCCAUGACUCGGUGAAGGUGGGUUUGGUCAGCCCAUGUGGUGACUAUCUGACCGCACAGAGCAACGGCACCGGAGUGAAGUUAGACAAAACCGAACUGGGCGCCAAUCAGGUCUGGGAUGUGAAGGUGAAGUCCACGGAAGGAUGCCAGACCCUGGUGGAGCUGAAGGGACCACAUGGGCUUUCCCUGACCACUGAUGACAUGGGUCAGGUCAAGUGUGGAGUCACGUGCUCCAACGCCAACAUCUUCUUCCUGGAGACACAGUGUAACGGAACCUGGGUGUUCCGCUCGCUCAAGUUCGGGACCUACCUGGAGAUGUUGGAGAACGAGGUGACCUGUUUGAUGAAGACCCCCACCAAGUGCUCCAUGUGGACCCCACACCUGGCCAUCCACCCCCAUGUUGUCCUCUAUCACCUCGAGACCAAGUGCUAUACUCGCCUUCUCCCCGCACAGCACCAGCUCUGCACAGACUCCCCUUUGCCUCACUCCAAUGAGUUCAACUUUAUCCUGCACUUUGAAAAGGGCAAGUACCACCUCCAGACCAGUGACCUUCGCUAUCUGUCCUUGGAUGACCAGCUCCUCAGUAAGAGGUCCAAGAUGACCGCCUUCUCUCUGCACCUGAGGCCGGGCAACAUGGUGUCCUUCCACGCUGCUCACCAGAGGGUGCUCUACCCCCAUGGACGGACUGGGAUUCUGACUGUAGGGUCAAACCCCCCGGAUUUGUUCCAGUAUUUCGCCCUGAAGAAGAGCAAGCCUUGGGUCAGCAUGAAGACCGCCUCCAAGAAUUACCUGUCCGUCAACUACGGGGUGGAGAUCUACGCUCGCUUUGACCAUCUCACACGGCUCUCCGUGUUUCAGUUUGAAGCGACGCAGAAAGGGGAGAUGGUGAGACUUCGAUCCUCCGACAAUCAGCUCCUCGCUCAGCGAGGACAGAGCGCUGUCCUGGCUGAUGGGAAGGAUGUGGAGGGAGUGACGUACUUCGGGAUGGAGUGGAACCAAGGCAAGCUGGCUUUGCAGGCCGCCAACGGGCUCUACCUCCAGGUCAGGCCAAUCGGGCAGGUCAUAGCCAGCGCACAGGAGCCUGGUGUGGAGCAGGAGUUCACAGUCAGGCUGGUGAACCGGCCCUUCCUGAUCCUGAGAGGCCGACAUGGAUACAUCGGGUCCUCCUAUCGAUCCGACAAGCUGGUCUGUAACAACAACAUGUACGACAUCAUCGUACUGAUCCCAUGUUCCAGAGGUUUCUACCACUUCCAAGGGAAGAACGGGAAGUUUUGGUCGAUGGGGGAGAACUACAACUUUUAUGUGUCGGGAGAAAAUCCCCUGGAUUUCUGUGUGGAGAUCCGAGGAGACAACUUGCUGUCAGUGCUGGCCCCCAACGGCAACUACCUACAGAGCGAUCAGAGUGGUGCUAUGAGUAACUUAGUGAAAUAUGGGACCAAACUUGUUGUCAGACAUCCUGGCCGAACACGCUGA